UCCUUGUUUGUUUUCCCAUUUCAUUUUUAAGCUUUAGUUAUGGUGCUGGAUCUUAACUUGAGUGUUAUUUCGGAUGCUGGUGAUAAUUCACUGCAGCUAAUGGAGAUGGAGGUGGCCGGAGAUAAUGGUCUUCCUGGGUUCGACGGUUACAAUAAUAAUAAUAAUUAUACUGAUGACAAAAUGGAUAGUUCCGGGAGCUUCGGUUCCUCCGUCGUCAACGCCGACACCGCAACCACCGGCGGAGACGAUGACUACUAUUCCAACGCGGCGUCCACCGAACCUUUUGCUUACUCCUUUGGUAUUCUCAGAGCGGCUCAACAAGAACCAGAGAAUCACAACCGGACAACCAUCUCGCUUUUUCCGGUCGACGUCGAGGAAAAUGACGGGAAGUCAACGGAACCGUCUCUGAAGAAAUGGUUGGAUCACGGCGGGUCCCGAGAAUCUCCGGUGUACCACAUGGACGUCGAAGGAGGCGCGGAGCAGAGGAUCCUAGCCCAUCAGCAGCAGCAACAACAGCAAGGUCAGCUAAGGCAACAAGUGAAGAAGAGUCGACGUGGUCCCCGUUCGAGGAGUUCUCAAUAUCGUGGCGUCACGUUGUAUCGUAGAACUGGACGUUGGGAGUCUCAUAUUUGGGAUUGUGGGAAACAAGUGUACUUGGGAGGAUUUGACACGGCACAUGCUGCAGCAAGAGCAUAUGAUCGAGCUGCAAUCAAGUUUCGAGGAACUGAUGCGGACAUUAAUUUUAAUGCUGGUGAUUAUGAUGAUGAUAUUAAGCAGAUGAGUAAUUUUACAAAGGAAGAAUUUGUGCAUAUCCUUCGUAGGCAGAGCACUGGUUUUUCAAGAGGAAGUUCCAAGUACAGGGGAGUUACAUUGCACAAAUGUGGCCGAUGGGAAGCUAGAAUGGGGCAACUUCUUGGCAAGAAGUACAUAUAUCUGGGGCUAUUCGAUAGUGAGAUAGAAGCUGCAAGGGCUUAUGACAAGGCUGCUAUAAAAUGUAAUGGAAGAGAAGCGGUCACCAACUUUGAGCCAAGCACAUAUGAAGGGGAGCUGAUCUUGGAAUCCGAAAAUGGAGACCAGGAUCAAGUUCUUGAUUUGAACUUGGGCAUUGCGUCCCCAUGUACAUCCGAUCGGAAAAAUGAUAACGAAAAUUUUAGCAACUUUGCUUACCAGCAUGGCUGUGAUUGCCUGCCUGUUGCGAGUGGUGCACGGUUUGAGAACUCUGGUCCGGUAACAAUGAGGGUUCAACCUAGUCUUGGCCAAGCAAUGGCAUUCAAAGACGUUCCGAACUGGAAUGUCGAAAAUCCCACUUUCUUUCCGGUUUAUAGGGAAAGAGCAAUAAAGAAGAGGAUAGAAGUAGAUUCCCCACCAUGGCAAAUCCAAGGCCCUUGUGGAGGGACAAACGAAAUGCCACUCUUCCCUAGUGCAGCAUCAUCAGGAUUCUCAUCUUCCACAAUUACUUCCCCAUCAGCUGCUACUGGCCAACUUCAAAUGCCCGACACAACGUUCGUCCACCGCCAUUAUCCUCUGGUGAUCACGAACCUGAACCCGAACAUCUCCCAUUUCUGCUGCAGAACUGAAAGGUAGAAUAUUUACAUUGCCUUUGCCACCCUUAUCUCAUCUACCAAAGAGAGUUCCAGUAGGCGGAUCGAUGAAAUUAGAAUUCAGGGUGCAACCAAGAUGCUGGUAUGUAAGAAGGCUAGGCUACUUGAUUGAUCAUGGUUUAAUAUUUCAUUUAAAGCUCAUCAAGCUAAUAGCUAAUGUAUAAUGUGGUUGGAAUGAGCAAAAGUUGGUCAAUCAAAUUGAGACAUAAUUGGGAA